AUGGGGACGAUCAGUUACAGUUUCAUCAUCACAAUUGUUCUUGAAAUUGUCAUCCACUGUUCAUAUGUGGAGACGAAUGAAGAGAAAGGAAGCAGAUGCCUUAAAGAAUGUUUGAAAUCGAUUCUGAAAUUUGAACGUUCCUUCACUUUUCAAUUUGAAAAUUUUGAAAAAAUAUGUGAAAAACUUGAAUCGGCGGCAUUGUGUAGCCAAAAAUGCAGUCCACCUGAUCAAUACCGUUUUUAUCAUUAUACAACUUUUUAUCGUCUGCACUGCAUUGAUUUUUAUGAAGAGCUUGAAAAUCAGCUUAAUUGUCUGAAAAAAGCAUCACCAGAUGUGGACAAAAUUUGCAAUGAACGAUGUACAUUUAACAACGACAAACCCAGCAACAAUGGAAAUCAAAUCAAAAUUCACUGCAAAACUUUGGAGUGUUCUCUGAUUUGUUAUUAUAAGACAUUUACCAGUGCCUGUCCUGAAACGAGUAACACCCUUUUGCGUUUGAGCACACGGCAAAUUCAUGACAUGCGAUUAUUCACACGAUCGGACAGUCCAUUAAACAUGGAAACUGAAUGUCGCCAACUACAUGAUGAAAAUAAGAUGAAGCAAAAAAUGCUCGAGGCAUGA